CCAAAAAUCCAAGAUGGCGACGGCUGGCGCGGAGGCUCCGGCUUCUGCGGUGGUUAGCCCUGUGGAGGCGACACCGAGCGUUGCUGGGGCCUGGCCGGAUUUCGCAGUGGUGUGCUCUUUUCUGGAACGUUACGGAGCCUUGCUUGACUUGCCCGAACUCACCUUCCCCGAGCUGGAGGUGGCGCUGGAAGAGACCGGCGCAGUUCCAAAGCCAUUAAUGGAGCUUCACUUGAAACUGAUGCGGAAAAUCGGGAAGUCUGUCACAGUGGAGAGAUGGGAAAAAUACAUGAUAAAGAUUUGUCAAGAUUACAACAGCACUUGGGCCUGGGAAAUGGAAGAGAAAGGAUACCAGGAAAUGAGUGUGGAAUGCAAAGUGGGAUUGUUGAAGCACCUUUGUGAGUGCCAGUUUGAUGACAAUCUGAAGUUUAAGAACAUCAUUAAUGAGGAAGAUGGGGAUGCUAUGCGACUCCAGCCCAUUGGGCGGGAUAAGGAUGGCUUGAUGUACUGGUUUCAGCUUGACCAAGAGCACAACAUCCGAAUGUAUAUAGAGGAGCAAGAUGACCAAGAUGGAUCAACGUGGAAAUGCAUUGUCAAGUUUGAUGAAUUUGAUGAAGCAAUUGACGAAGCAAUAGAAGAUGACAUUCGAGAUGGUGAUGGUGGAGGUGGUGGAGGGCGAGGCAAGGAUAUGUCCAAUAUCACAGGUCACCGUGGGAAGGAUAUUUCCACCAUCCUGGAAGGAGAAAAGAUAGAGACUAAAAGACCACAAAGGACGGUUUCAAGGCGAAAAAAACGCAGGCGGCUGAAUGACUUAGACAGUGAUAGCAAGGAGGAAGAAGAAAGUGAGGAUGACGAGUUCAAAAUCAGUGAGGGGUCCCAAGAUGAAUUUGUGGUAUCGAAUGAAGACGUGGAGGAGAGUGAGGAAGACCAGCAGUCAAAUGAUAGCGACUUUGGAGUUCGUAGGCCGCGGCGCCAUUACAGGCGACCAGUAAGAAAAAGCAGGAGACUGAAGCGAAGGAAGAGAAAGUAUUCAGAUGAUGAUGAAGAGGAGGAUUCUGAAGAAGAGGAACAAGAGGAAUCUGAAACUGAUGCUUCCAGUGAUUAUAGUGAUGACUACCUGGAUAUGAGGAGGAGGAGAUCGAGGAGAAAUCAGAAACGUCAGGUCAACUACAAAGAAGACUCUGAAAGUGAUGGCUCCCAGAAAGGAGCUCGAUAUGGAAGAGGCAAAGAAAUGAGACGAAUACUUAAACGAAGAUUCUCCAGUUCUGAAAGUAACGAGAGCGGUACUGAGAAAAGGCGGCCAGGUAGAGGGAGGCCGCCACUGCUACGGAAGCGCAUUCGAAGCUCAAAUGAUGAAUGCUCAGAAGAUGAAAAGCCUGUCCGAAAAAGGCUUAAUCGGAUUGAGACAGACGAAGAUGAAGAAGAUGAUACCAAGGUUUGUGAGGUGGAGAAACCUCCUACAGUAGACAAACCUUCUGCUACUAUCAACCUCCAAGAAAGCACUAAGAAACCUUGCUAUCGGAUAGAGAGUGAUGAUGAUGACUUUGAUAAUGUAGGGAAGGAUGAAAGCCCGUUGGACUAUAGUUUGGUAGAUUUACCAUCUACCAAUGGACAGAGCCCGGGAAAAACUAUUGAGAACUUGAUUGGAAAACCAAGUGACAAGAGUCAGACCUCAAAGGACACUUCAGCCAAUAUCAGUCAGGCUUCCAAUGGGACAGGUAGCAAUCCGGAAGCUGUAGUGCCAGAGGAAGAUGAGGAUGAAUUAUUGCGAGUAACUGACCUUGUGGAUUAUGUUUGUAACAGUGAACAGUUAUAAAAUUCCUCUUCCAUUUGUGCUAAUUUAUUCCACAGUAGCUCAUACCAGCGGGCCAGUUAUCAAUGCAGUUUUAUUCCUCCUAUAAAUUCUUUCCACUACAAGUUUUACCUUUUAUAGAAGCGAACAUUUGACCAGUCCUGCAGUCUUUCUGUGAAGUGACCAGUUUUUGAACUUUCAAAAAUAAUUAUGUAAAUUCUUUUUUUAUGUGUUUUUUUUAAUUCAUUGUUUUUUUCUCAUUGCAUUUGAGGUCAUGGGCUAUUUUCACUGAUGGAAACCAUCCAAGAACAUGGGGGAGGGAGGGUCCUCAGUAAUUUGUGAAUAAGGGUGGGGCAAAAUGCAUUCCAGAUGUCCUCAAAAAUAGAUAUUUUUCUUUGGAGACAAGGAGCAGAAUCCAUAAUAAGAAAUGAAUGGGAAAUGGGUUAAGCACUUGUUGCUUUUAGCUUUUUCAUAUGAGAUAUAUAUUCUAUUUAAAUACUCCAUACUUAGGUUACAGUAACCAAGCAGUUACAAAUAAAAAUGACCAACUGCUUAUUUGUUGUUUUGUGAGUUACAGAUACGAUAGUGGUCACCCAAGUGUGUCUCUUUACAAUUUGGUUAGGAUUCAUGGUAACAUCAAAAUGAAUUAGACCACAUCUGUUUCAGAAGGCUCUUUAACACAUUUUUGCGUAAUCUGCCAUUAUAUUUUUUAAUCCUAUGUAGAAGAUUAGAAUAUAUUUGUGACCUAAGGUACUUUACUUGGCAGGUUUCUUCUUUUACUGUUCUAGUGACACAAAACAUACAAUAAAUCUAAAACUCUGUGACAUCCAAAACAUUUUUUGAUGUCGCUUUUAGUUUUAUGAAGAUUACUUGUGGUGAAAUUUUUACUGCCAUUUUUUGGUAAAGUGGUAAUUGAUUAUAUUUUAACCCUUUCAUUGACUGAAGAGCCAUUAUGGAAUAAUUGUCCCCUUGAGAACUUAAGGAGUUAAAGGAUAAACCCCCAGUAAUGUUUACUUCAAAUUGAAGAUUUUUUUUCUCAAUGGUGUCAUUGGUUUCCAUAUAUUUAAAUGCUGUUUACAGCAUUAAAUGUAUUUACAGCAUUGUUCAGAAAUUUAACUGUUUGAAUCAAAAUAUAAAAGCUAAUUGAGAACUAAUAUUUCAUAAUGACAAACUCUUUAAACAUUCAAAUUAUGAUCUUAAAAUUACAAUGAUAAAAUGUUUAUGAAAAUAGGCACUUUUUAAAAACCAGACUUGUUUCAAACUGAUUGAUACAUUGAUAAUCUGUAAUUGUGCACUUUUGCUGCUCCUGUUAAUUGUUUAGCAUGGUCCCUUUUAAAAUUGUGCCUGGUUUAUACUUUUUUUGUACCAUCCUUUAAAGAAAGUGAAAUGUGAACAGUAUUUUUGCUUGGACAUAAUCAAUCACCAGUCUGCAGUAUUUCACCAUCUUUUGACACACGAGGAUCCCUCCAUUGUGUGGUAUUUGGACAAGUGUAAAAUAAGAAUCAUGGACUGUACUCAGUGAACAACUGAGUAUCCAUUACAUAAAUAUGCAUAAAAAAACAAACUUAUGUUAAGAUCAGCAAAA